CGUAUUGAUAGCCGAAGAAAAAAAACAACAACAAGGAAAAACAAACCGAAGCAGGCGUCAGGACAGAAAGUCCAGUGACGUGGCUUGCACAGGAUCUCCUCAGUGCUGAAACACAACAAUUAAUAGGACUAUGCUAAAAGAUGUCGGACAGCGAACACUCAGCCGCUGACCCACAGGAGGAAACGAAAUGCCACGUCUCUAAAGAGCCACCCUCACCACCACCACCCUCACACAGCGAAUCCUCGCAUGAUGUGCAGAGCGACAGCCCCGCCGAUGUAGCCCCGACUCGAAAGACGAGGAAGAGACCGGAGAACAAACCACCUCCUGAGGUUCAGGAAAGCCCAGAAACAGCCAGUGUGACAGAAAAUGCAUCGAAGGCUUCUACACAGACAGCUGUAACCCAAGGUGGUUGGGGUAGCUGGGGAAGUUGGGGGAAGUCUCUUCUUUCUUCAGCCACCGCCACUGUUGCCACCGUAGGCCAAGGACUGUCUCAGGUCAUCGAGAAGGCAGAGACGUCUCUGGGAAUUCCCAGUCCUACAGAGCUCUCUGCUCAGAUGGAAAAGGAAGAUGGUGCAGAAGACAACAUACCCUCUCCUUCCAGCUCCAGUGAAGGAAAACCUGCAGAAGGAGACGGGAACGUGUUGGGAAGUGCUAUUGGAAUGCUGUCGUCUCUGUCCAGUGUCAUGCAGAACACAAGUAAAACGGUGAUAAGUGGAGGACUGGAUGCUUUGGAGUUUAUUGGUAAGAAGACGAUGGAUGUGAUAGCCGAAGGAGACCCCGGCUUCAAAAGAACGAAAGGCCUGAUGAACAGAACAUCCACGUUGUCACAGGUUUUAAGGGAGGCAAAGGAACGAGAGGAACAGCAGACAGCCAAGGACGUCACCUCGGAAACAGAGAAGAAAGCUCAUUAUGGGAUGCUGUUUGAUGAGUUCCAGGGUCUGUCGCAUCUAGAAGCUUUAGAGAUCCUGUCCAGGGAGAGUGAAGCCAAGGUGAAAUCGGUGUUGACUACGUUAUCGGGCAAGGAGCUGAGCGCUCUGAGGGACGAUCUGGAGCAGAUCAAGGAGUCCUUCUCCAUGAUGGAGUUUGAUGAUGAGGAGGUAGACGAUCCACAAGUCGAUGAAGGUGAAAAUUUUGUUAAGGAACUGACUGAUGGUCUUAAAAAGCUUCAAAUAUCCACAACAGCAGAGAGACUUGGCAAGGCUAGGAAGAAGGCAUUCGACCGAAUUAUGGACACGAAGAGCCCAAGUGAAGCCAAGCAGCAGCAAGAAGAAGGCAGCGAGCACGAGGGCACGGUGACUAAGUGCACUGUCGAGGAUGUUCACUUCUCAGCCAUCACAAGCUUGGCAGAACUCACAGCCAGAUCCAUUGAACAGUUCCACAAGGUGGCAGAAAUGCUUCUUCACACCAGCACUGACGGAGUCACCGCUCUGGAGCAAGCCAAAGUCUUGGCACAAAUCACAGUCGUUCUCUGCAAGGAGAUAUCAGUGCUGUCGAAAAAAUUCACAGCUUGUUUAGCUACAGUCGGGUCAAAUGAAAAAGGAGAAGUGCUGAAUCCGUUAAUCACUGGAGUUUUCCUGGAGGCCUCCAACAGUGCUUCCUAUAUCCAGGAUGCCUUCCAGCUCUUAAUGCCAGUGCUAGAAGUAUCUCACAUCGAAAGAACAGCAGACUCGAGUCACUGAAAUCCACUUCACACUCUUCUGUGCAGGAAAUAAGGAAUAAAUUCCACCUACUACAGCUUUUGGAGUAUCAUGAAACACAAAAUGGAUUUUUAUUGUAUUAAUUUUACCAAAAAUAUAUUGUUGGUAUUUUGUAAUUUUUAAAGAUGUUAAUGCUUUUUUGUCUUAUUCUGAAAUCUGACCAUUUUGAAGCUUUAUGCAGCAUCGGCUGUUUAACCCUAAAGAACUAUUUUUUGACUUCUUUUUUUUUUUUUUUUUUUUACUACCGAUUCUAAUCACAUCGAUAAUGAAGGUGUCAGUAUUGUUUUGACCUACAUAAGUUUAGACUACAAGAAUUGUAGAUUUUAAAGAAACCUGUUGUGUAUCUACUUAUUUAAGCAUGCGAGUCAUCGAUAUGAGAUCGAAGGAUACGAUCCUCAUGUUGAGGUUCUGUUCCGCUGCGGUUCGGUUCGGUUCACAUGUUAGUGUUUGGAUACUUUAUACAAGAAGAAUAAAACUAGGUUCUGCAUGUG